AUGGUUCGCUUGGAAGAAGUCCUCGAUGAGGAGAUCCUCCGACAGCAGCAAAAGUCGGAUGCUGCCGCCGCCGCUGCUGCAGCUGACGACGAUGACUGGGAGGAGGAGCAAGAUUCCGAUGCCGAGUCCGACUUCUCCGACCAAUCAGACGUAUCCGAACGAGGCCUAGCUCUCAAACAAGAGACUCUCUGGGAACGCAUUUCCGCACUCCGCGAUAUCAUCCCGCCUAGCACACGUCGUUCGAUCGCAUCCACCUUCAACACUACCACAUCAUACGCUUUCACCGGCUCUCUUCUCGCAGGUAAACUCGUUUGGGUUGUGACCACGUCUGCGCUCUUGGUUGGUUUGCCAUUCGCAUUGGCUGUAGAGGACGAAUCGAGGAUCGCUGCACAGGAGAAGGAGAUCAUGGCUCAACAGCAGGGCGCACAGCAUAUGAUGGCUCCUGCUACACCCACUCAGGGUCAGGGUCAGGUUCAACAGGCCGGUGCUCCUCAGGGAUUGCGUCCUCCUGGUUUCUAA